AUGUCUACGGACAAGACCCCAGGAUAUCUCGCCAAGCCGAGUGGUGAGUGUUGUCUCAAAGGCACGAUCCACGAAGGUGAAGCACGUGGGUCCUGGGAAGUGAUCGCAGAUGUCGAGACUUACGUAUCAAAACCGCCUACCGACAAGGAAAACGGCCAAAUUGUGCUUUACUUCCCUGAUGUCUGGGGUAUGUUUGUCAACGGACUCCUGGUCAUGGACGCCUUUGCGGAUGGAGGGUACCUAGUAUUGGGCAUCGAUUAUUUCCGUGGGGACCCAGUCUGGAAACAUCGAAAAGACCGGAAUGACACCUCGAACCCUGACUUUGACUACGAGGCUUGGAAACGCAAGCACACAGCUUUCGCGGAUGUUGCUGUGCCCAAAUGGGUCGACGCGGUCAAGCAACAAUACGGAACGGAAACGACGGGGCUCGCUUGCGUAGGUUACUGUUUUGGCGCGCCGUACGUCUGCGAUGAGCUGGCGAAGAAUACAGUCACAGUUGGCGCAUUUGCGCAUCCGGCGUUUCUGAAGGAACGUCACUUCCUCAAUCUUAAAAAGCCCCUCUUCAUGUCCUGCUCCGAGAUUGACCGUACGUUCGAUGUACCAUCUCGUAGACGAGCGUUAGAUAUUCUUCAGUCCGAGAAGAAGAUCUAUCACUAUCAACUAUUUUCGGGCGUUGAGCACGGGUUCGCUUUGCGCGGCGAUCCCAAGCAUCCGUACCAACGAUGGGUGAAAGAGCAGAGCCUGGACGGGAUUCAAUUGAAACAAAUUUUACCCGAAAGACAAUUGAAGAUUAAGCAAGCCGCCGGUAUGGUUCCUCCUCGAGCUUUCGACUUCGCAGGAGAUGUGGCGAUCGUCACAGGCGCAGGCUCACGAAUGGAUCGUGAAAUUGGGAACGGUCGGGCUGCAGCAAUCCUCCUUGCCAGGCAUGGAGCCAAAGUCGCAUUGCUUGACUUGAAUGAGGACUGGGCUAGAGAGACCAAACGAAUGAUAGAUGAGGAAGGUGGGACGUCUGAAAUCAUUCAGACGGACGUCAGCAAAGAGGACUCUUGCAGAGAUGCGGUUUCUAAGACAGUUGAGCUAUUUGGUGGCGUUCAUAUACUGGUCAAUAACGUUGGCGUGGGGGGCGCUAUCGGAAAUGCCACGAACAUCAACCUCGAGGCAUGGGAAAGAGACUUUCGGAUCAACGUAACGAGCAUGGUCAUGAUGUCGCGCUACGCAAUUCCCGAGAUGAGAAAGCAAGGGCGAGGUUCCAUUAUUAACAUCUCUUCUGUUAGUGGUUUACUUGGGGGUAACCCCAGUCUGCUCUAUCCCACAACCAAAGGUGCAAUCAUUCAAAUGACUAGAGCCAUGGCUGCUCAACACGGCUCGGAGAACAUUCGUGUCAACUGCAUUGCCCCUGGCAUGGUUUACACCCCUAUGGUCCGUGGUCGUGGUAUGACCGAGGAAACGAGACAAGCUCGGAUCGACCAGAACUUGAUGAAGAAAGAAGGUACGGCUUGGGAUGUUGGGUACGCCAUUUUGUUCCUUGCUAGCAAAGAGGCUGGGUGGAUCACAGGACUCGUUAUGCCUGUUGAUGGUGGUACAACCGCUGGCAGAUCAGAUAGACCGGCUCUCAUGGCCGAUGGUCUAGCGGCUGAGAACACCGGUAUUGAGAACUAA